AUGGACGACGGCGUCGAUCAGCUGCUCUCCCCCGCUUAUCCGAAUCUCCAAUACAACCAGACAGACCUCUACGCCGUCAACGUCUACCGCGGCACCAACCAGGUCCAGUUCCCAAACUCACCCGCUCCCUCCACACCCUCAGAGGACCUUUUUCUCCACACCCACCACCACAAUGCACACCACCACCAGCAACCUCAGCAUCACCUCCACCACCACCAUCACCAGCAGCAACAGCAUCACCAGCAGCAUCACCAACACCACCAGCAGCAACAACAGCAACAGCCACCUCACGAGGAAAACACAGUCGACGAGGAGCCCCUCUAUGUAAAUGCGAAACAGUACUUUCGCAUCCUUAAGCGCCGUGUCGCCCGCGCCCGUCUCGAGGAGGUCCACCGUCUCUCCCGCCAGCGCAAGCCUUAUCUGCAUGAAUCUCGCCACAAUCAUGCUAUGCGUCGUCCUCGGGGCCCCGGUGGCCGCUUCCUUACAGCAGAGGAGAUAGCAGCACAGAAG